GUCAAAAUCUCAUCAGAAGUGCGCCGACAGUGCGAGUGUGAGGUUUUAUACAAACAACUCUUUAUUGUACAGAUUUCAGUAAUUUGCGCCAUUCGCUAAAGGAGCUGCAUUUUCUAUAGAUUAUUAGUUUAAAUUAAGUGCAAUGCGUAGAAACAAUAUCAAUAUAGUGACUGCACUACUCGAACGGGAACACGGGGCUCAUCGAAUCUACCCCAAGGCAUUCAAAAAGGUGGCCCUGGAACUGGCCGAAUAUUCGCUUCUGGAGCGGUUGCGGAAUCAGGAUCUUUGUCAGCCUCUGGAUGACCUAUCCAAUGAAACCGAGUCAGUAUUCAAUGUAGAACAAAGCCACAAUGGGUGCUUCGCCGCAACGGUGCAGACCAACAAAAGCGUCAAUAUCUUCCAAGUUAGUUCGAUGAAGAAGACAGCGGAAUAUCACACGAAUGAAAGAUCUGUAUGGACACUGGCAUUUCACCCGUCCAAUCCGGCAAUAAUCGCAUUUGGGACACUAGGUGGGAAAGUAUUUGUAUACGCAGAUGGAAAAGAAUCUGCAUGGUUGGAGGAACCGGAACCGAUCGCUUCGCUGUGCUUCCAUCCCAUAGAUAACUAUCUGGUGCUUGCCAGUGGGAGUGAAGUAACGUUUUGGGAUUGGAAGAAUAACUCCAUCAUGAGCACCGGGACAACAUUCAGCGAUUCCAAAUGCCGUUUUCUUCGAAUUACUAGCAACUCCAUGCUGAUAACGGGUAUCUCACAGACCCUUCUGUUCUCGUCGGCCUCGAUAGGGAAAAAUCUGACCAGCGUCGAGCCUCAGUACCUCAUGGCGUCGUUCCUCAGAACGGUGAACUAUAUGCUUGAUUCGUUGGAACAUGGAUGUACUAUAGGAAACAGUUUCAAUGCCGAGUUCAAGAAGCAGUUCUAUCUGUGGAACCAUCUGUUGAAAAUAAUUAUAGGCAAAACGAAGGAGCUUAGGUGCUACAAUAGUAUCAAGUCAGAUGCGGAAUGCACAAAAUCCUAUCUCAACAAUACGCUUACUAUAUUGAAUCGUCGAAUAGACAGUAUUCUGGAAACGGUGGAACGAUCCGUCUUUAGGUUACUUCCGGAAAGUGAUGGAAGCGUUGAGCACGAGUAUAUUGAACAGUUCUGUACACUUCCCAUGCGUUAUUUCGAGCAGGUGUGCUCCAACUAUGUGGAACAGAUGUAUAGCGGAUAUAUUAGGUACAUCUUCGAUUUGUCGUUGGUGAAAAAUAUUUUGUACAAAAUUUUCAAACUAUAUUUCGACUACGGCCACAAACUGCCCUUCGAGGAAUGGCUGAAAUUGGAGUACCACAUAGAUAGUUGCAUUAUAACUCGAAGCACGCCGCACAAAAAUCAAUUCGUUCUACAAGCCUGGGAUCUGAGAGAUUUCCGUGCAACAUCAGCGGCCCCGGAUUUCAAAGAAGACUGGAAAAAUAUCAUCUCUAUAUGCUCAAUCAACAAUGACUCGAAUGUUUCCAUAUCGCAAUGCGAGCAGUUCAUUGCAUCUGUUCACAGCAAGGCGGUCCAUGAAAUGGAGGUGCGUAGUUUAUGUCCAGCGAAUUUCGGAGAAUGCGUGUUUGUGUUCCGUUUCACGGCGAAUUUCGUAUCGCUUUCCUUCUCACCCUCGGGUAAGUAUAUCGUAAUUGGAUUGCGAUGCAAAAAGCGACUGAAAUUUGCCUACAUCCUGGAUAAGGAUACCCGAUGGAAGAUCGGUGUCGAUUUCCGCUUUGAUCUCAAUGGCUCCGAGAGUCGCGAUGCCGAUACAUCGUUACCAAACGAUCGUGUCGGUUUGAAAUUAUGUCUGCCAAAAGAAUCCACUAACUAUAAGGAAAUUAACUGCAUCAAGUGGGCCACGUUGCCGGGAUAUGGAUUUUUCCUAGGACUGAAAUCAAAAUUUAUUCAAAUAUGCAGGUAACCUUCAACUGAGA